AUGUCCCGCCGCAAGAUCUCCUCGGAGUCCUUCAGCUCGCUGGGCUCGGACUGCCCGGAGACCAGCCCCGAGGAGGAGGGCGAAUGUCCCCUGUCCCGCCUCUGCUGGAAUGGCAGCCGCAGCCCCCCCGGCCCUGCCGACACCCCCUUCACCGCCGCUGCCGCCGCGGCCAGCGCCGGGGCUCGCCGCGCUCCGCGCCGCCGGCGGGUCAACCUGGACUCGCUGGGCGAGAGCAUCCGUCGCCUGACGGCCCCCGCGCCUCAGACCAUUCAGCAAACUCUUCAAAGGACACUGCAGUAUUUUGAGCAUCAAGUUAUUGGUUACAGGGAUGCAGAGAAGAACUUUCACAAUAUAUCAAACAGAUACUCCUAUACAGACUGCUCUGGCAAUGAAGAAACUGAGGAUGUCUCAGGAAUUCUCCAGUGUACAGCUAAUGUACUUGGUUUGAAGCUUGAGGAAAUGCAAGAAAAGUUUGGGGAGGAAUUCUUCAGUAUCUGCUUUGAUGAGAAUGAAAGAGUUCUUCGAGCUGUAGGUGGGACUCUUCAAGACUUCUUCAAUGGCUUCGAUGCUUUGCUGGAGCACAUUAGAACUUCAUUUGGAAGACAGGCCACCCUGGAAUCCCCUUCUUUCCUAUGCAAAGAGCUCCCUGAAGGCAAUCUCAUGCUUCAUUACUUUAACCCACAUCAGAUUGUGGGAUUUGCAAUGGUGGGAAUGAUAAAGGCAGCAGCAAAGAAGAUUUACCACUUGGAAGUGGAAGUAGAACAGGUCACUAAUGAUAAACUGUGUUCAGAGGGGAGGAACCCAGGUAACAGCAGUUGUCUGACUUUCCUUAUCAAAGAGCAUGAAAAUGCAAAUAUCACAAAAGCACUUCCACCAGGAACUUCCCAGUCUCCAUUAGACCUGAGGAUUAGCAUCAACACUUUUUGCAGAGCUUUCCCCUUUCAUCUGAUGUUUGAUCCAAACAUGCUAGUUCUCCAGCUUGGAGAAGGUCUUAGGAAGCAGCUCAGAUGUGACACUCACAAAACUCUGAAAUUCCAAGACUGCUUCGACAUAGUUUCUCCUAAAAUCAGUGCCACAUUUGAACGAGUUCUCCUGAGAUUAUCUACUCCCUUUGUCAUUCGGACCAAACUUGAGGAUUCUGACUCUGAAAAUAAGGAUAAGGUGAUGGAAAUUAAAGGACAAAUGAUUCACGUGCCCGAAUCAAAUUCAGUUUUGUUUCUGGGUUCCCCCUGUGUGGACAAGCUGGAUGAACUGAUGGGCCGAGGCCUCCAUCUUUCAGACAUACCUAUCCAUGAUGCCACUCGUGAUGUCAUAUUGGUUGGGGAGCAAGCAAAAGCCCAGGAUGGCUUAAAAAAACGAAUGGAUAAGCUGAAGGCGACGCUAGAAUGCACACACCAAGCCCUGGAAGAGGAGAAAAAGAAAACCGUAGAUCUUCUUAUUUCUAUUUUCCCUGAAGAAGUGGCUCAACAGUUGUGGCAGGGGCAACAGGUUCAGGCCAGGAAGUUUGAUGAUGUCACCAUGCUUUUCUCGGACAUUGUUGGCUUCACUGCCAUCUGUGCACAGUGUACACCCAUGCAGGUCAUCAGCAUGCUGAACGAACUCUACACACGAUUUGACCAUCAGUGUGGAUUCCUGGACAUCUACAAGGUGGAAACAAUAGGUGAUGCGUACUGUGUUGCAGCAGGGCUCCAUAAGAAAAGCCUUAGUCAUGCUAAAGCCAUUGCCCUGAUGGCACUGAAGAUGAUGGAGCUUUCAGAAGAGGUCCUUACUCCAGAUGGGAGCCCUAUUAAGCCAAAAGCAGCAGAAAUAUAUUUCUCCUACCCCAUUUCUAUAGAGAUUAUUCCUGAUGCUAGAUUUUUACAGACUGACAUGGAUGUCAUGUUUUUCCAGAUGAGGAUAGGCAUUCACUCAGGAUCAGUGCUGGCUGGAGUUGUUGGUGUAAGAAUGCCACGUUAUUGCCUCUUUGGGAAUAAUGUCACUCUUGCAAGCAAGUUUGAGUCAGGAAGUCACCCACGUCGCAUCAAUGUCAGUCCAACCACAUACCAGCUUUUGAAAAAGGAAGAAAAUUUUAUUUUUGUCCCUCGUUCCCGUGAAGAGCUUCCAGAAAACUUUCCAAAGGAAAUUCCUGGGAUCUGUUACUUCCUGGAGGUCAGAAGUGGUGAAAAGCCACCAAAACCCUCUGUCACAUCUGCCAGAGUGAGAAAGAUUUCUUACAACAUUGGCACCAUGUUCCUUCGGGAGACUAGCCUAUGA